GGGGGUUGCCAAAGUGUGAAGACAAAGCCUUCCUUACGCUGCAAUGACACCCAAAUUAAAGAGUAAUAAUUUCUACAUGACCCAAGCCAGCAGCAAUCAAAACGAACAGAGUUAGACACGUAGUUGAUAGUUCCGAAUACCGGACAACACGUUCUUGAAAAAAGAAAAAAAAACCGGUCAACGUGCCACAGGAUCAGCACUAAAACAGUGAUUUGACGAAUUGACACCGAGGGCGCCAUCCCAGUUCCUGUUUGAUAAAUCCACCUGCUGUGCCGCGUGUGAGACUAAUUAUGACGCUCCAGGAUUUACUCCGAUUUGUGCAAAGCUGUCGUGUCUAACAGACCUCUGAAUCUCCACACAUGAAAAUUUCAAAAGCUAAUUAAGGCGUUCUUUGAUUUCAUGCACGUUUCACUUGGCCCCUGAAUUGGGGAGAUGGUCAAAGUCAAAUGGGAGAUUUUCUUUUGGAACAUUCACCUCCGAUGACUGCGCCCUUCGUCCUCAAGCAGCCCGUCUUUUCACCCUUCAAGUGAGGCGUCCUCCUCCCUCCCCAGGAUGUGCGGCGACGUUGGCCAAUGUGACCCCAGUCAGACAAGCCAAUCAAGCUGGAAGAAAAGUUCCGCGUGAUCUUCGAGCGCUGAAACCGCUCCCACGGAGGCAGGCGCCCUAAAGGCAGCCCUGCGUUCAUGACGUAAUUUGAGCGCCGACGCAGGAAGGACCCCAUUUCCUCUGGCAUCCGCUUUUGUCACUCCUUCAGCUGAGCGGCGCAGGUUGAAGGGGCACGUGCGCUGCUGAAUGGAGCUGGUGGCAGGUUGUUACGAACAGGUCCUUUUUGGAUUCGCUGUCCGCCCAGAGCCGGCUGCAAGUGGCGACCACGAGCAAAAAUGGACUUCUGUGGCUGACUUCACUCACCAUGCCCACACUGCCUCCUUGUCAGCAGUGGCUGUAAAUAGUCGUUUUGUAGUCACUGGGAGCAAAGAUGAAACAAUCCACAUAUAUGACAUGAAAAAGAAGGUAGACCAUGGGGCUCUGGUGCAUCACAACGGCACAAUAACUUGCCUGAAAUUCCAUGGCAACAGGCACUUAAUCAGUGGGGCUGAAGAUGGGCUCAUUUGUGUCUGGGAUGCAAAGAAAUGGGAGUGCCUGAAGUCCAUUAAGGCUCACAAAGGGCAUGUGACCUUCCUUUCUGUUCACCCAUCCGGCAAGUUGGCCCUGUCUGUGGGUACAGACAGGACGUUAAGAACAUGGAAUCUUGUGGAAGGAAGAUCAGCAUUUAUAAAAAAUAUAAAACAAAAUGCUCACAUAGUGGAAUGGUCCCCAAGAGGAGAGAAAUACGUGGUUGUUAUACUGAAUAAAAUAGAUGUCUACCAGCUGGACACUGCAUCUGUGAGCGGCACCGUCACAAAUGAGAAGAGAGUAUCUUCGGUUACGUUUCUUUCAGAGUCUGUCCUUGCAGUGGCUGGAGAUGAGGAAGUUGUAAGGUUUUUUGACUGUGAUUCACUAACACGUCUCUGUGAAUUUAAAGCUCAUGAUAACAGGAUAAAGGACAUGUUCAGUUUUGAAAUUCCAGAGCAUCACGUUAUUGUUACAGCGUCAAGUGAUGGCUUCAUCAAAAUGUGGAAGCUUAAGGAGGAUAAGAGAGUUCCUCCAUCUUUACUCUGUGAAGUAAAAACCAAUGCCAGGCUGACGUGCCUUGGCGUGUGGCUAGACAGAGCCACAGACACCAAAGAAAGCCUUCCUCCCGCUGCAGAGCCUUCUCUUGUAAGUAAAGAAGAAUCCCAAAUCAACAAAAAGGAAGCUGGCAAUUUAGUGCAGGAAGAAGAAAGGCAAUCCAAACCUAAUAUGAAGAAAUGUGAUUUAACUGAUGACAGUAAUAAGCCAACAAAAGGCAAUAGUCUGGUGUCAACCAAGAAGAGGAAAACGGUAGAAAUGUUGGAAAAAAAGAAGAGAAAAAAGAAGAAAAUAGGAGUGAUACAGUGAAUCCCACAUUUCUUCUAUGAGGAAAACUUUUUAGGUGGAAUCAUUCUUUUCAGAUGUGCCUCCCUCCCCUCUACAAGUGAAAGCUAGACCUUUCUUCUUUUGGAGAAAAUGUACAGCUUAAAAAAGACACAUUUAGGUGUUUUUAUUUUAUUUUUUUAAACAAUGGUAAAACAAUAUUUGGUAGGCAGUGUAUAUAUCAUGGUGAUAUAUGGUAUGUUAAUGUGUAAUACAUAAUUUUUACCAUUGUAUAAAGCAAAUAAAGAUCUUUCUCAAAAUAUUUUAGUUUAAAAUAACAGUUUUGAACACAUUCUUUAUCAGAGAUGGAUAAAAGUCAUUUUUCAGAUUUUCUCUAAAUGGGAGAAGAAUAAUAAAACUGCCUUCCUUUGGCUUCUUCA